AUGUUGUGCUCAGUCCCCGGCGGGAAGCCCAGUUCAAAUUGGCUGGACCGACUCCGAUCUUCCAAAGGCUUCCCCACCUCCAGCGACGUCGGAUUAGACGACUUCCUUCUCACCAAACCCACCGCCGACGAAGACGCUUGCGAUUCCCCUACAUCCGAUGAUGCUGCCGCCUCCAAUUCCCUCGUCAAUUCCAACUCCGUCACGGAACAAGCCCCCGAAAUAUCCAGCCGAAAUGGUGAAGGGGACUGGUUCGGCGUGAUGACCAAUUUCCUCUCCGAUCUCUUCUACAUGGGCGGACCCACCGGAAUAACCAGGAAUAAGGGCGCCAGGAAGCAGACGAACCCUAAGUUCUGCGCCCUUCCUGCCUCGCCUGCGCUGCGGGGCGACGAGAAGGCGGCGGGUGUGACGAAUUCUUCGCUCAAUUCCAACAGCAAUUCAAACAUUGUACGAUCUAAGCGCGGUGGGGAUGGCGUAGAUGAGGAGAAGGAUAAGGACGAGUGCAGCCGUGGCGACGUUGAAGGGUGUGGAGGGGAUAGAGAGCUGAAAGGGUACUCGCGGAGUGAAGUGACGGUGAUUGAUACCAGCUACGAGGUGUGGAAGUUUGACAAGCUGGUGUUCAGGAAGAGGAACAUUUGGAAAGUGAGGGACAAGAAGGGCAAGUCGUGGGUGUCUGCUGCUGUGAAGAAGAAGAGGAAGAAGGGGAGUGGUCGGCUGGAAAGAAAAUUAUCAAUAUGA